UUCAUUGUUUGUAAUUACACAUUUUACUUUUCGUGCAAUAUUAAAUAAGUUUUAAAAUGUAUUAAACGAGAUUAAUUAAAAUCUAAUAAUAAACACCUCUGCAAAUGCGAAUAAACGACCAUCAGUGCUUACUGGUUUAAAAGUGAAAUCGGGCGAAUACGUAUUAAGAUAAAGAUACAGAUAAACACUGACGAUGAGCAACUACCGUUAUCAGGGGGGCGGCGUCGGAGGCGGGGGAGUGGCCGGGGGGCGUGGCUACAGUGGGAUCGAGGUGCAUGAAGUAAUGCAUCCUCACCAUUUCACAUAUGUGAGCCAGUGCGUCAAGUACAUGAUCUUCCUGUUGAACUUCGUGUUCUGGUUAUUUGGCGGCUUGCUCUUGGGAAUCGGUAUAUAUGCCUUCAAGGAUAAAUGGGAGGAGGCCAACGGUUCUGUGCGACUUGAGAACUUCUACGAUGUAUUCCUAAACAUAUCCCUGGUUAUGAUUCUCGCCGGCAUGGUUAUCUUUUUGGUCAGUUUCUCUGGAUGUUUGGGAGCAUUGCGGGAGAACACCUUCUUGCUGAAGGCGUACUCCAUGUGUCUGCUGCUCUUCUUCCUUAUGGAGAUGGCAAUCGCUAUCAUUUGCUUCGUUUGCCCGCAGUACAUGAACACCUUUCUGGAGAAACAGUUCACAGACAAGAUCAUCCACUCCUAUCGCGAUGAUCCGGACUUGCAGAAUUUCAUCGACUUUGCUCAACAGGAGUUCAAGUGCUGUGGUCUCAGCAAUUCCGGCUACCAAGAUUGGAGCAAAAAUGAGUACUUUAACUGCAGCUCACCGUCGGUGGAGAAGUGUGGAGUACCCUACAGUUGCUGCAUCAAUGCCACUGAUAUAUCCUCGGGACUUGUGAACAUCAUGUGUGGCUACGGCGUUCAAGCGACUCCGGUACCAGAAGCCAGAAAACGGAUUUGGACAAGCGGUUGCAUCGAGAUCGUAAGGGUCUGGGCAGAGCAUAAUCUGUAUGUGAUUGCUGGCAAUGCCCUGGGCAUCGCCCUCAUCCAGUUGCUGGUCAUCUAUUUGGCCAAGACACUAGAAGGCCAAAUCGAGCUGCAAAAGUCGCGCUGGCGGGCGUGAGAUUCGGGACAGCCCGAAUUUUACGGGCUUUACGAUCACACCUGAACGAUACAUACUAUGUACACAAUCUCUCACUGCCUAGUUUUAUAAACCACUCUUCUACGAAAGGACUGUCAAAUGUUAAAACCUAGCGAAGGUAUUGCCAUUAGUCAAUAUGCAAAUACUUAUACAUGAAAUCGUGACAAACUAUAUGACAGUCUUAAAGUAGUUGAGGUUUCUAUAUUUAAAUACCUCUUUUUUUAUUUUAAAAAUAGUCUUUGGUGGUUACUUAAAUAAUUUCUGCCGUGCAAUAAUCAUUUUGAACUCAUUUCAAAAGGCAAGAGAACAAUGAGGUAUUACUUGAAGAGAUUUAAAUGUAUUUUAACUUUAAAUUUUUUAAUACGUUCCGUCUAUCUUUUGAUUUCAGACUUAAAGUUUCUGAGAUUACUUUUAGUCUUGAAUAUUUUAAUAUACCGACUAUACCCCUGAUGUUGUAUAUACCUAUACAUAAACUUCCACACUUUUGUAAACUCAUCUAAAACCAUAUACUCACAUAUGCUCAUCUCAAUCCGACCAAACAACGCCAUAUAUUAUGUUUGGCCAGUGUAUAACUUGCUAAAUCUCGACGCAUUUAUUUAUAUGGAUGUACAUAAUGUACGUAAUGCAUUUCUAGUGAAAAACAAUAACCAACAAGGCGCACAAAUCUUGGCUAUCUAUGAACCAUAGCAAUUUUUUAAUGUAUGUAUUAUUAAUCUAGAACCCUAAAAAUGUAGAUUUCUGAUAAUAAAAAACAAAAUAUAAAGACA